AACUGUAACUUUACCGUGGUUAUUAAAGCUGCAGAUUUGAGACAGGCAACUUAAACAGCAGCAGGAGGACGUAGGCCUACAGGAGGAACGUGUGGCACCAUGACGAUCAACCAAGUGUUACACAGCUGGAUGGAAGUGACAGAAGUGGAAGAGUUCCUGAGAGAGCCUCCGGCCGCUUUCUCCGUGGAGCUUCUCUGCUCGGGGUACCGAGUGCACAGCGAGCCGGAGAAGAGCUUGGUGCUCAUCGAUGACUUCGAGUCUUGCAGAGGGAAAAUAGUUUUCCAGAAGUCGCUGGGAAGGGAAGUUAAAAUGCACAAUUUAUGGGAAUACACAAGCAUGAGAAAGAGUCUGCUGACUAAGAGGAUAUAUUUACUGAUGUCUGCCUGCGAAGACAACUUUUCUGAGACCGGCAAAAAGGCAGCAGAUAAAGCUCGAGUGCUGAAGCAGUUUGUGGUGUCCAUAGACGGCAGCAAUCCUUUCAUCAAGUGGCAGAUGGAGAGAGGCCUGGACUGGACCAUCUCCUCUGUUGCUGGGGAAAGCUACAGGGUGGAUAUUGACUUGACUGAACUACUGGAGAGCUGGGCAGCAAAAAAACUCCACACCAUAACGGACAAACCCAUAAAAGUCAAACCUGUGUGGAGAGACGCCUCCUUCACCCUCAAAUACUACUCUGAUGCUCUCUUUGACUUCCCACACUGGUUUGGGUUUAGCAAAAGAAAAUUUAAUUUGAGACUGACAUGAGCCAGCAGUGGUUGGAGAGCAAGAA